GGCUACAGAUCAAAAGCUUCCGUCUCUAAACAUAUAAAAGAAUAAGUAAACAAGUUAUCAGAUACAACACGAAAAUGCCACAGAAGCUUCUUGUUGGCACUAACGCGGACUCUGUUACAAUGUCAAUUCUAUGUGUAUUUAAUUAACUUCCUCCUUUGAAUCUCAAAUUUCUAACUAUACUGUUUCACAUCACAUUUUCUCUUGUGUGUAUAUAUAUAUAUAGACUGAAAGUUGAAAGCCUGAUAUAAACACACAUAGUUAUUAUCUGUGUUUGCAUAUAAGCAAAGUUGAAGAUGGGGAAUUACAUUUCAUGCACUCUAUCAACAGCAGGGAGCAAGCAUUGGAGAGGAAUAAAGGUGAUAUUUCCAAGUGGGGAGAUUGAGGAGUUUGAAGAAGGAGUUAAAGCAGCAGAACUCAUGCUUGAGAUGCCAAGCUUCUUUGUGGUGAACACUCGGUCUCUACAGAUUGGACAAAGGUUUUGUGCACUGAACGCAGAUGAGGAGCUUGAGUGUGGCAAUGUUUAUGUGAUGCAUCCCAUGAAAAGGCUUAAUUCUGUGGUCAGACCAUCUGACAUGGGUGCCUUGUUACUCACUGCCAAAAGGGUCACUGCAAAAGUGAGAGUUGUUCCUGAGAAACAAGUGGAGGAGCCCAAGUUCAACUUUGACGACAUUGAAGAGUUUUCUAGCCCCGAGUUCGUGCACAGGUUGUCCAUCACCAGGUCAAAGAAACCUUUGCUUGAGACCAUAGCAGAGGAACCGGUGUGUGCCAGAUCAUAAUCAGAAGGCCUCAUGUGGAGAAUACUUCUCUGCAGGACCAAGUCCAGAUUGUGGCUUUCUUGUGAUUAUGGGACAUCAAUUACUUUUAGUUUCUUUUUUCUUCAUUGUGAUUGGAAUUGUAUGUAUUACUAAAACUAAUUCAAGACAUUAGACAUGGAGUAUUGUUAGACCAUUCUUA